UUGUAGCUAUCAAUUAUGGCCUAAUAUUUUCUCUGCGUAAAAAUCUUCCACUGUUCAGUUAUAUUGCUGUAGCCGUGUGCGUGCGUUGAGCGCAAGAACUAGCAAGCGAAAAAUUUCUUGAGCUUGGGCAAGGUCAAGCAAGGUCUUUAACGCUAAUAAGUGAAAGUUCUUUGAAAAUUCGAAGCAAAAUGUCACAACUGCUGAAACAAUUGGGUGCGCCUGUGGCGGUUCUGCGUUCCGCUGGCGUUGGCAGCGCAGCAGCAGCAAAUCAAAGCGUGGACAGACAGCGACGCUGGCAGCAUAUGACAGCAGGCAAGGGCAGUGGCAAGCGGGAUUAUGAUCUGGUGGUAGUGGGCGGCGGCAUUGUAGGCGCGGCUUCAGCGCGUGAAAUACUGCUGCGCCAUCCCAACCUCAAGCUGGCCAUUGUGGAAAAGGAGAACAAGCUGGCAAUGCAUCAAAGCGGCCACAACUCGGGAGUUAUACACGCAGGCAUUUACUACAAGCCUGGCACACUGAAGGCGCGUCUCUGCGUGGAGGGUCUGCAUCUGUCCUACAAGUAUCUCGACGAGCGCAGUAUACCGUACAAAAAAGUGGGCAAGCUGAUAGUUGCUACGGAUGCCAAGGAAGUUAAGCUGCUGGAGGAUCUGCAUCAGCGCGGAAUCAAGAACAAUGUGCCUGAUCUGCGCAUGAUUGAGGGUGAUCAAAUAAAGGAGAUUGAGCCCUACUGUCAUGGAGUAAAAGCUUUGCAUAGUCCACACACAGGCAUUGUGGACUGGGCUCUAGUCACACAAUACUACGGCGAGGAUUUCAAGCGUGCUGGCGGUCAAAUUCACCUUGACUUUAAUGUCAAAAAGUUUUCGGAGUCGCAGGACGAGGGCAGCGCUGAUUAUCCCGUCACCAUACAAGGCUCCAAGCCAGGUCAGACUAUACGCACACGUCAUGUGUUGACCUGCGGUGGCUUGCAAUCAGAUUUGCUGGCUGAGAAGACGGGCUGCCCGCGCUCACCACGCAUUGUGCCCUUCCGUGGCGAGUACCUGCUGCUGUCCAAGGAGAAACAGCACAUGGUGCGUGGCAAUAUUUAUCCCGUGCCCGAUCCACGUUUCCCCUUCCUUGGUGUACACUUUACACCACGCAUGGAUGGCUCUAUCUGGCUGGGACCCAAUGCUGUGCUUGCGCUCAAGCGCGAAGGCUACACCUGGGGCGACAUUCACUUGGGUGAACUGUUUGAUGCUCUUCGCUAUCCCGGCUUUAUCAAGAUGGCCAGUAAAUAUAUUGGCUUCGGCUUAAGCGAAAUGUCCAAGUCGGCCUUCAUCAAUCUGCAGAUUAAGGCGCUACAGAAGUAUAUACCCGAAGUUACCGAGUACGAUAUUCAACGUGGUCCAGCUGGCGUACGCGCUCAGGCGAUGGAUAUGGAUGGCAAUCUAGUGGAUGACUUUAUCUUUGAUCGCGGAGUGGGCAGCGGCGCCUUGGCUAAGCGAGUGCUGCAUUGCCGCAAUGCUCCUUCGCCUGGAGCCACCAGCAGCUUGGCUAUUGCCAAAAUGAUGGCCGACAAGGUCGAACAAGAGUUUGACAUUGGUAAAGCGCACUAGAACUCAAAACGCAAUUGGCAUUAAAAAUAUGCAUUUGUCUUUUA